AUGCAGAAAUUUUUGUUAAUAUCGUUGGCCAUCGGCCUCCUGUCUCUACAAUCCGGGGACGCGCUCAAAUGUAAAAUAUGCAAGGGAAAUUGUACUGAUUUAAAUCAAAGUGAAGUCAAAGUGGCAGAGUGUUCACUUCCGACUACGGAACCACCGAGCCCGGAACCAUCGACAUCGAGCUCAGGAUCAUCGAGCUCAGGAUCAUCGAGCACAGAAGCAUCGAGCACAGAACCAUCGAGCACAGAAAAAUCGAGCACAGAACCAUCGAGCACAGAAGCAUCGAGCACAGAAAAAUCGAGCACAGAAAAAUCGAGCACAAAAUCAUCGAGCACAGAAACAUCGAGCACAGAACCAUCGAGCACAGAAGCAUCGAAUUCAACGAACAUAUUUUUAGCCUAUUUCAAUAAUAGAAAUGAAAGGAAGCGUAGAAGUUUGCUCGGACGUUUUUCCUCAGAAAUAAAUGCACGCUCAAAUGAUACUGAUUUCCUUUGUUAUACUAUUAAAAAUAAUCAGCAAGAAAUCACAGAAAUGGGAUGUACUACUACUGACGCUAAUAUUUGUAACAAUAGUACUAAUUGUAACGUAUGUAAGGAAGAUGGAUGUAAUUCGGCAACAUCGAAUGCUGUUUUCGCUUCUAUGGUGUUCUCUUUGUCAAUAAUCAUAUUUUUCAUGAAAUAAAUAAAUUGUCAAUUUAUUUAUUUUAAAGUAUAUUUUUUCGAGAAUCAAAGAUAUCAAUCGAUUUUCUUCGUUUUUUCGUGAUAAACAUCGAUAUUGCUGAAAGUAACAAAAUUUUAUAUAUCAUUAUUUAUAAUGUCAAGAUUCUAUAUUUGUAUCCAAUUGGCCAAUAAAAACUUGUUUUAUGUUACUUAAAUUAAAUUCAAACUUAA